GAACAGAGGGACAGAGCUCACUGGACGUAAGAGAAAAGAGGUAGCUGCAAGGAGAUAGUGGUAGGUAAGGCGGGGGUGGGGGGAGAGACAGUGAGGCCGGGUAAAUGGGAAUCAUUCCCGUUAGCCAAUGAGUUUAAAGACAGAAGCAGAUGUCAUUAGACGGAGAAGUACCACCUCCAGGAGCUGGAGCAACCCCUCUGUGAAAAGCGUGUAAUGAGAGCCGCGCUGUCACAUUGGCAGCAGCUGUAUCAUUGUUGCGGGGCGCACAUUCACUCUCCCAGCAGCGGGAAGUGGCAACGGCGCAGGCCCACUGGGUCCAGAACCUGUCCCAGGAGAGACUCUGAGUGGAUAUUUGCCACGGGGUUAUCUGUGCCGGUUGUCAGGGAUCCUGUGACGGACACAUCUUUGAUGCCCUCUCUUCCACAGAAGCAGUCACUGAGGAUUAGCUGCUGGAUUAUGUGUCAGGAGACAGGCACUGCUGCGUUUAUCUCCCACCCUGACACCACCUCCAUCGAAGAAGAGCCUCCUCUCCACCCACUCUCCCAUCAGCGGGAAGUGAUGACAGUUAGCCCUCCCGUUCAGGCAUAAGACAGGACAGAAAGCCCACCUGCUGGACUAUGAUUCUAAAAGAUGAUUUUGGCGUUGUUGCCAGGACACGGCUGGCUGAGAGCUACCUUCUGCUUUUACUGCCUCUCCUUGUACUGCAAGCCAAUGCAGAUAUGGAGAUACCCAAAGAGACCCAUUACACCUGGAAAACAGGUUUCAGAGCUGUAAGGAAUGACGUACUGCCAUUUCUUUUGGAUUUAUGACCAAGGUCAGUGGGGCAGGUGUAUGGGUGAGGACUGUGGCCCCGGGGGGGUCCAGACCAGGACGGUGUGGUGCAUUCACACCGAGGGCUGGACCACCCACCACUCCAACUGCCCCCACGCGGAGAAGCCGGAGAGCCAGCGGCGCUGCUUCAGGGUGUGCGAGUGGCACCAGGAGCUCUUCGAGUGGGCGGUGUCCGAGUGGGGCGCCUGCGUCCUGGCGCCCCUCCUCUCCAACGAGGUCAAGCCCAGGACGGUCGAGUGCGUGACCGCGCAGCACGGGGUCCAGCGGCGCGCGGUCCAGUGCGUGCGCAAGUCCAACCGCACGGCCGUGACCGAGCGCAUCUGCGACUUCUUCUCCCAGAGGCCCGCGGGGGAGCAGGCCUGCCUCAUCCCCUGCCCGCACGACUGCGUGGUCUCCGCCUUCUCCCGCUGGUCCGCCUGCAGCCGCACCUGCGGCGCCGGCCUCCAGCACCGGACUCGGGCGGUCCUGGCCACGCCCAUGUACGGGGGCGCCAACUGCCCCAACCUCACCCAGGUCCGCGCCUGCGACAACCCCCUGCCCUGCCCGGAGGGGCAGGACCAGUACGGGUACAGCCUGAAGGUGGGCCCGUGGAGCGAGUGCCGACUGCCGCACGCCAAGGACGCCUGGCUCGGCGGGAGGACCGCGCUGGACUUUGGGCCCGUCGCGGCCGCGCCGGUGGAGAAGAACUCGGUCAGGCGCCACGCGGAGGGCUCCCACCGCCACCACCGCCGCCACCACCCCCACCACCACCACGGCUCCAAAACGGCGGACAUCCAGAUCGGCUACCAGACGCGGCAGGUGCGCUGCACGCGGAGCGACGGGAAGAACGCCAUGCUCAGCCUUUGUAUCCAUGACAACACCCCUGUGACCUUUCAGUCUUGUGUGAUGCCAAGAGAUUGUGAAAUGUCUGAUUGGUCUUUGUGGAGCCCAUGUUCAAAGACCUGCCGGGCAGUGGAUUUGUCGCCCGGUUACCGGACCAGGACCCGCAACCUAAAGCAGAUUCCUAUUGGUGGAGGGAAAGAAUGCCCUCCUCUUGAAGAAAAAGAAGCUUGCAACAUUGUAGGAGACUUGCUUCCGGAAUGUCCCAGGUUUGUGUGGAAGAGCACGGACUGGGGCGAAUGUCAGGUAGCCCCACUUCUCAGCCAGCAGGACCGGCGUCUUGACGACCUCAGUGUGCUGUGCGGAGGAGGGAUCCAGACCAGAGAAACGUAUUGCGUGCAGCUCCCAGACGACAGCACCCCACAUCACACCAAAGAUGUUUCCAGGCCUGUGAACAGCAGGCUGUGCGCAGGGAACGUCCCCUCCUCUGUGCAGCCCUGCCACAUACCCUGUCCUGAGGAAUGCCUCGUCUCUGCCUGGUCUGACUGGGGGCCCUGUCUCCAUGACAACUGCAUGGAACCACAGGGGAGGAAAGGUUUCAAGCAGCGAAGCAGGCAGAUUGAGCGAGAGCCAGCCGGCGCAUCUGAGACCUGUCCCCAUCUAGCAGAGUCCAUCCCAUGCGAGGACCCCAUCUGCUUCCUGUGGAGUGUGACAUCAGAGGAGGCCUGUGUGCCCACACAGGGAGCGUGUGGCCCCGGAACCCAAAACCAGAGUGCCCUCUGUACCAGCACUGAAGGUGAAGUGGUGCCCAGUGAGAGAUGCUUGGAAAAUCCCCCUCCAUUCCAUAUACCCUGUGAGGUGCCCUGUCCAGGGGACUGUGUAAUUGGCUCCUGGUCCGAGUGGUCGCCAUGCUCGCACUCAUGUUCCACCAAACACUCGGAGGGCCGGCAGAGUCGAACCCACGCCGUUCUGGCGCUUCCUGGAGAAGGGGGAAAGCCCUGCCCUGCUCCCACAGCCCUGGAAGAGUGGAGGCACUGUAACGACCAUCCCUGCCUUAUGUUCUACUGGGAGGCAUCGCCUUGGAGCCUCUGCAUGGAGGACUCAUCCAUGGCCACUUUGAAUGCCACCAGCAGCUGGAACGGGAGCCCCACGUGUACUGUUGGAGUACAGACACGCAAGGUGUCCUGCGUAAAGAUGAACGUGGGACAGGUGAUCCCAAAAAGGUGUCCGGACUCCACUCGGCCUGAUACCAUCCGGCCCUGUUUGUUGCCCUGCAGGAAAGACUGCAUAGUGACUCCCUUCAGUGAAUGGACAUCUUGCCCUUCCAGCUGCUUAGCAGUCAACACAACUGCAGCCACCCAAUCACGUUACAGAAUCAUUAUCCAGAGGUCAGCCAAUGGGGGGCAAGAGUGUCCUGAUACCCUUUAUGAAGAGAGAGAGUGUGACUCCCUCCCUGUUUGUCCAACCUACAGGUGGAAGACACAGAAAUGGCAUGAGUGUACACUUGUGCCCGAUUCUGUUCGCCAGGGGAUGACAGGGGCGGGAGAAUCAUGUGGCAGAGGGCUGGAGACAAGGGCCGUGGCGUGCACUGGCGAGGACGAUGAGCCGGAGGAUGUUACGGCAUGCCUGCAGUGGGCUGGGGCCAUGCCGCUGCAGGUCCGGGAGUGCCGGGUGCCGUGCAGAGACGACUGCACGCUCAGCAGCUGGUCCAAGUUCACAGAGUGCCCCGAGUGUGGAGGCUGGCGUAGUCGCAGACGCUCUCUAACAGGCCGGAGUAAGAAGAGAGAGAAGUGCCAGAGAAUGGAGCUAUAUCCAUUGAUGGAGACAGAGGCUUGUCCUUGUGCUGAGUUCUUGUCUCAGCCCUAUGGGAACUGGUCCGACUGCAUCCUCCUCGACGCUCAGAUGCCCAGCCCUCUGCAGGGCUGGAGGGAGUUCCGCGAAGCGAAGGAGUGUGGGCAGGGUGUCCGCUACCGUGCUUUGGCCUGCGUAGACCAGGAAGACUGCCUCGUUAACCCCACCCUCUGCAGCAGCACAGGGUAUAUGGAGGAGGUCUGUCACAUCCCAUGCCCUUUGGACUGUAAGCUAAGCGACUGGUCAGCCUGGUCGGGGUGCAGCGCCCCCUGUGGCAGCGGAGUGAAAGUCAGGUCUAGGUGGCUUCGGGAGAAAGCCUUCAAUGGUGGUCGACCUUGUCCUAAACUGGACCUGAAGAAUCAGGCUCAGGUCUAUGAGGCAGUGCCCUGUUACAGCGAGUGCAGGCAGCAGGUCUGGGUGACAGAGCCCUGGUCCGUUUGCACCAUCAACAGCGUGGACAAGCUACCGGACUGCGGGGAGGGAGUCCAGAGCCGCAAAGUCAAGUGUGUGCGAAGGGGCAGCGAGGGCUCGGGAGACACUGUGGAUGACAGCCUGUGUGACCAGGAGGAGGUGCCUUUCAGAGCACAGACCUGUUACCUGCCCUGCCCUGAUGAUUGUGUGAUGUCACAAUGGGGCCAGUGGAGCGCCUGUCCUUUGCCAUGUGACCAGAACCCAACCAGGAGACGGUCAAGGAAAAUCCUGCGAUUGCCUCAAGCUGGGAAAACCUGCCCUGACACAAAUCAGACAGAAGCCUGUAUCCUCAACAGCACCUGCUUUACCUACCACUACAACCUCUCAGAUUGGAGCACCUGCCAGUUGAGUGAAAAUGCUGUUUGUGGAUCCGGUACUAAGAUGCGGCUGUUGGACUGUGUACGCAGCGAUGGAAAGGUGGUGGAACUGACCAUGUGCAAGGAGCUGGGUUUGGCAAACUUGUGGAAGCUGAGCGCUCGCUGUGUGGUGGACUGUCCAGUGAGCUGCCUGCUGUCAGAAUGGUCUGCCUGGACUGCAUGUUCACACACAUGCGGAAGCCAAGGUCAGAUGAUGCGUUCUCGAGGUGUGAUGCAGCAGGCCCAGGAAGAGGGGCGACCCUGUUCACCUCAGCUUUCCCAAACUAAGCCCUGUCCCAUCAGGCCCUGCUACAGGUGGAUGCUGGGGGAAUGGUCUGAAUGCCAUGUGGAGGGAGCGGAAUGUGGGGAAGGGGUGCGGGAGAGGAACCUGACCUGCGUGGUGGACUGGGGCAGCCCGUCGGAGAGCCAGUCCCCCAAAGCCGUGGAGGAGGACAAGUGCAGGGACGAGCUGAGGAAAGCGAGCGCGCACGAGCUGCUUCUGCCGUGCUCCGUGCCCUGUCCAGGAGACUGCCACUUGACGGAGUGGUCGCCAUGGAGCUCAUGUCAGCUGACCUGCCUAGAUGGGAGGAGCUUUGAAACGACAGGGCGGCAGGCACGUUCCAGGGCAGUGGUCGUUCAAGUCCAGGAGAACCAGGACAGCUGCCCGCACCAAAUCUUCCAGACACGGGCCUGUAAAGGGGGAAAGUGCCACACUUACGAGUGGAGGACCAGCGGGUGGAGAGACAAUGAGCGCUCGGUGUGGUGCCAGCGUUCAGACGGCGUGAACGUCACAGGAGGCUGCUUUCUGCAGAGCCGCCCCACGACCGUCAGGCACUGCUAUCCCCCCUGCACCAAGCCCUUCUCCUACUGCACCCAGAGUGGAGUGUGUGGUUGCGAGCGGGGUUACAUAGAGGUGAUGACCACACACGGGUUCUUGGAUUACUGCACCAAGACCCCUGGCUCUGACAACAAGAAGGCCGACGUCAAAACCAGCUCGGGAAGACUGAAGCCCGGGAACACCCAGAUCCAGGAUUUCUUCAGCGAGUGGGCCCUCCGCCCUGUCGGACCAGAUGGCAGAAUUAAGCUGUGGGUCUAUGGGGUGACUGCAGGCGGAUUCCUCCUCAUUGGGUUCAUUAUCGCUCUGUUGUUUAUGUUGUGCCGAAAACAGAAACAAAGUAAGGGCUCCCCUCCUACACAGAAACCUCUGACGCUGGCCUACGAUGGUGAUGCAGACAUGUAAGGAGAGUCACUUCCGAGCACACGGAAAAAUUACAAAAUGUCCACCGAAAUGUAUGCAACUUAUUUUUUUAAGAAACCAUCAGGCAUUCUAAGGAAGACUAGUAAAUGCUCACACGUGAAAGGCAUCUUCAGAUUUGGACUAUAUUCCACUAUGUGGCACACAAAAGGCUGCCCUUUGAACCUCACAUGAACUGUACAUGGAGAAUAUUUUUGGUCAGAAAUCACAGACUCUCAAAGGAAGAGGAUGGAGCUUGGAAAGUAGUAUCCCGUGUAGGAUGGGUAGCAUUUACAUUUGCCUUAGGUGACUUUUUAAAAUGAAACCUUUUCGGCGUCCAGGUUUGUUGGCGGCUGCGUGCUGGCUGUUAACCUGUGAUGUGUCAAUGGGAAAAUGACACAAGUGACUUUUUGAGUAAUGAUGGAAAAGCAAACAUGCCAUUAUGCACUAUAUUAGUGCUGUUUGUUUUUUUGUUUUGUUUUUUGUUAUUUUCUUUAAGAUCAAGUUUUUCUAGUGUUUACAUGGUAAUGCAAGACUAUUUUGCUGUGAACUUGUGUUUUCAAUGAUAAUGUUCUAGGAUGUGUCUGUAUUAUGGUCCUCUGGAUAAACCAAAACCAGAUUUAGCGGUGUUGUGUUAGAGCUUAUUAGCGGUGUGCCACUAGUUUUGCGGACAGGAUCAUUAACAUGUUUAAACCCUAUACACACUGGAUGCACUAGCGGUUCUGUAGACUUCAUUUAUUGAAUGCUAAGAUCCUUUCAUUAAAUGUCUCCAUAGCUUGUUGCCAUGGAGAUACUGUCCAUUAAGGUAUAGAUACAGUUCUUAUGCUAAUCAUCUGUAAAAAAAAAUAAUAAUAAUAAUAAUUUUUAAACCCAGAGUGAAGAUGUAACAAAAACCCACCUGUGUAACAUUCUGAACUGCUAGUGCAUAUUGUAGAAUUACAAUACCAAAGGUUAUUGAGUUUAAAUUAUUUACCGUAAAAAGCUUAAGCGUUCAGGUCAUGAUGUCACCCUUCAAGAGAAUGGACAGGAUUUAUACAUGGAUGGAUAAAAAUGCUGCCAUUUGCAUCUGAUACUCAGUAGUCACCUGUGAUAGAGGAGCUUUUCAUGGUCUUUUUUCUCUGUGGACAAAUAAGUGAUUGCAGGUAUAUUUUUAGGUGGCCAUAAGGUAAAAGAUUGAUGACAUUAACAUUAAAAACUCCUCCACAGAAGUGCCCUGUGGUUCCUCCUGUGCUUGAUCUGUAUAACACCCCAUGUGUCCUGUGUACAGCCUGAAUACAGUGGACAUUAAUCUGUACAGUGGGUAUGAAUAUAUACAGUGGAUACGGUGGAUAUGGAUCUGGAUCUGGAUUUGGAUAUAUUAAUCUACUCAGUAGAUUAAUCUACUAUGAGUACCUAGUAUUUUAGUUUUUCUUUCAUGAUCCAAACUGAUCCAAACUAUCAGUGGUAAACAAUGGUGUUGCCGAUCGACAAUCCAAGUCCACACUGGUGUUUCUGAUUGUAUAGUCCACAUUGGUGUUGCAGAUGAUACACUGCAUGUUAACAAAUUCAUAGUUAUAUGAGGCGUGUUUUACCAACAAUUCCAAACAUGAUUCUCAUUCUGAAGUUAAAAUAUUUUUGCUGAUAGGAUACCAGAAUUGUGUUAAUUUCAGUUUUGCAGAAGCCUAUCUGGGGUUUUUCACAAAUGCACAAUAGUGCUUUCAGACACCAACAAAGAGGUUCCAUACAAACAAGUUUGAAAACCACAAAAUGUGGGUAGGUUGCAAUGCCACAACACAGAAUGCUGAUCCCGGAACUCGACUUUUGGACCUGUUUUCUACGAAUGUUCGUUUACGACUUAAUUUGAUUGGCAACACCACCACCGUUUGAUACAUGGGAGGUCACAACACUCUUCUAUAUGAACAAACUGUUUCAGUCAGCACCAGCAAGCUUACAGAAGAUGGGGAGGUGAGCUGGGAGUCAGGUUCCUUCAGGUUUUCGUGUCAUUACUGUAUAUAAGGAGUCCACUCAAGCUGAAACCGUGCUGAAUGUGGCACGUGGAGCCUGCACGGUGGUGAUCAAUGCAAACCAAUCAGCUAUUGUGGUGUAUCUGAUGCUACUGGCCACAUGGGCAUUGUGGAUGACGUAGUCCGGCUAUCAGAGUUUGGAUUAUGCUGGGCUGGCCUAGAAGGCACAAACACAGUGGGUUUGUUUUACAAGGCUACUCAAAAUGUAGGGAUGUCACUGUGCUGAGAUUUUGCACAUCAAAGUCCGAAGACGUCCUUGGGCCUGAGCCCCAAAAAUCUAAAUACUGAAAAAAAAAAAUGUAAAAAUGUUUUAAUGAUUUGUUCGUUUGAUUGUAUUUAUUUGAUUGGUUUACUGAUAUUGAAUUGAAGUUAAUGACCUGUGAUGAAUUGGCACAUCCUAAUCUGAGGACUAUGAAAAAAAGUAGAAAUAUUGUGAGGAAAAAAAAAGUUAAUACACUAAAUCAUUGCUCUGGGUGCGUAGUGGAGGCUGUUUUAUGGCACACAUUUGUGGAUCAAUCCAGUCACUUUGAAUGUAUUUUUUAUUAUGUGCAACAUUAUGAUUUCCUGGUAAAACAUAACAGUAUUUAAUGAAUACUGGAUUGUAUGUAUGUAUGUAUUGUAUGCAUGCAACAUUGGUUUUACUGCAGUUGACCUUUCUCCAAAUGUGGCCUUGCGAUUAAAAUCAUUUUAUUUCCA